AUGGAUGAUAUCGAGGAACGCCUGCGAAGCCAUGCUCAGGCCUUCGACGGUUUACUGUCGCUGAUCCCGGCGAAAUUUUAUUACGGCGAAGAUGGCAGUGAUCAAUGGCAGCGCAAGAAGCAGACUAAGGAGCAGGCCCGUGAAGCCAAGCGGGCGAAGUUGGACCCCGAUUCCGCCAAGUCAGCCAAGGAUGUGAUGGACGAGAAUGCACGCAAGCGUAAACGUGACGAGGAAGGGAAUGGGGAAGAAGACGACUCUUCUGAUAACGGUGAACUCGGCUCCGAGAAGCCCAAGGAAGGAUUGAAGAGAGGAGAUGCCAACUCAAAGAAGCAAAAGCAGGCCGAAGACUCGGCUGAUGCGGAGCGCACAUCCGCCAAGUCGGCCGAAGAGGCAGAAGCGCGCAAGAAGUUGAAGGAGGAAAAGAAGGCCCAGAAGAAAGCUGCUCAGAAGGAGAAGAAGAAGGCCAAGGAAGCCGCUAGGAAGGUCAAGGUAGCCGAGCAGCCCGAAGAGACCGAAACACCUGCUGUACAAAAAUCCGAGUCGAACCCCGCCAACAAGACCAAGGAACAAAAACAAGAACAAGAGGACAGCGAUAGUGAUGACAGUGAAAUUGCGGACGGCGUCCCCGCCGAAGGUCUCUCGCUCGAGUUCAACGCCGAACAAGAAGAACAACCAUCCUCUUCCGCGUCCACCCCCAACUCCCCUGGGUUCGAUGCUUCCAAUCCCCAAUCGGGCAGCUCUUCCAUAUCCUCCAUUGUUCCCCCCACCGAAGCCUCCAAAUCCUCCACCUCCGAACCUAAGCCUCUCAAGCCUACCCCCGAUGAGCUCAAGCAACGGUUACAGAAGCGGCUCGAUGAACUUCGCGCAGCCCGCCAUGCCGAUGGGCUCAACGGAAAGCCCGCUAGAAACCGUCAAGAGCUAAUCGAAGCUCGCCGCCAAAAAGCCGAGCAACGCAAAGCGCACAAGAAGGAGCUGCGCCAAAAGGCUAGAGAAGAGGAGCAACGGCUGAAGGAUGAAGCCAUGGCCCGCCGCUUUUCUCCUGGUGGCUCGGGAUCCCUUCUCGCCUCCCCGCGCUCACCCGCUGAUUCCGUCGGCUCGAACAACAACUACGCCUUUGGCCGCGUUGUCUUCGCAGAUGGCCAACACGCCGACCCCACUCUUUCCGGAGUCCGGGAGCAACCUAAGAGCCAUGGUCCUAAAGACCCUGCCGCAGCCCUGAAGGCUGUUGAAGCGAAGAAGGCCAAGCUCGCCGCCAUGGACGAGCAGAAGCGGGCUGACAUUGAAGAGAAGGACCUGUGGCUUAACGCGAAGAAGCGGGCACAUGGCGAACGGGUCCGUGACGACACAUCGUUGCUGAAGAAGGCGCUCAAGCGCAAGGAAUCGGCGAAGAAGAAGUCCGAGCGCGAAUGGAAGGAGCGUCUGGAAGCCGUGAAGAAGGGCAAGGACAUGAAGCAGCAGAAGCGUGAAGAGAACCUCCGGAAGCGCCGAGAGGAGAAGGGCAACAAGGGAGGCGGCAAGAAGAAGCAGGCCGGAGGAGGUAAGAAGAAGUCCAGACCGGGCUUUGAGGGCAGCUUCAAGGCCAAGUCUGGAGGCAAGAAAUAA